GUAUUAAAAAGCAUUUUGAUCCCUUGCAGCGACGAUAUAUGGAGUAUGGACAGUUUUUCUAUAUAAGCAAACUGGUAUAAUAGUCUUCGGUGCCUAAGAAAAAACUGCUACCUAGCUUGUCACUGUUCUAGCCAAGGAAAGCUCUUCGAAGAUGAGCAACUCUGGAGAGAUAGAAAUGAAGCAUCAGCAGAAAAUGGAACGCGGAGGCAUGAGAGCUACUCUGUUUGUAUUUGUGACCACGGUGUUAGAGAGCAUAGCAUUCGUAGGAAAUGCGGCGAGUUUAUUUAUUUACUUCUACGGCUCGAUGAACUUCAGCUUGACAAAAUCAGCCACAAUGCUUACUAAUUACAUGGGGUCUGCCUAUUUGCUAUCGUUAGUUGGAGGAUUUGUUUGUGAUACUUACUUGUCCAGAUUUACCAGUUGUAUUCUGUUCGGGUCGAUACAAGUCGUGGGCUAUGGAAUUCUAGCGACACAGGCAUUUAUCGACGACUUAAGACCUGCUCGCUGCAAGGACAUUACGCUACUUCUUAUGAACAAAUGCGAGAAAGCAGAUGAUGGGCAGGUCCUAAUGUUAUACGCAGGCCUGUAUUUGGUGGCGCUGGGGGUAGGAGGGAUAAAAGCGGCAGUCCCCUCCUUGGGAGCUGAUCAAUUUGAUGAGAAGGAUCCUGAGGAGGCAAGACAUAUUCCUACCUACUUUAACUGGUAUUUUUUCUCCUUCGUGAUCGGGGCUAUGAUUGGUUGCACUUUCUUGGUCUGGGUUAAUACAUAUCGAGGCUGGGAUUGGGGGUUUCUGGUGUCCACUUUAUGCCUGGUGGCUGCCGUUUUGUUCCUCUCCACCGGAUUCUCUUUUUUUAGGCACAGUUCGCCCCAAGGAAGUCCCCUCACUCGAAUAGCACAGGUAUUUGUGGCUGCAUUUAAAAACCGAAAUCUUUCACGUCCAGUAACUACGGAGGGUUACCACGAAAUCAGUAAUCUUAAAGACGGAACUGGAACUGAGAUCCUCAAGAAAACAAACCAGUUCAAGUUCUUGGAUCGUGCUGCAAUUAUUAGGACAGAUUCGUCUAAUUCGGGACCCUGGUCAGUGUGUACAGUGACACAAGUCGAGGAAGCAAAAAUAGUUGUGCGAAUGCUCCCGAUUAUUGGCAGCACCAUAUUCCUCAACACAUGUUUGGCUCAGCUCCAAACUUUCACAGUUCAGCAAGCUAAUACGCUGGACAGAAAAGUCAUUGGAAUCCACGUCCCCAGCUCUUCCAUUCCCGUCAUUCCACUUAUCUUCAUGUUUAUUGCAGUACCAAUAUACGACCGCAUUUGUGUUCCAGCACUUCGAAAGCUGACAGGAAUUCCAACAGGCAUUCGACAACUCCAACGCAUUGGAGUUGGCCUCGUUUUAGCGAGCAUUUCUAUGGUAGUCGCCGGAUACGUGGAAACAAGACGCAAGCGUCUUGCAGUCCAUCAUAACAUGGUGGACUCUCCGAACCCACUGCCAAUGAGUGUGUUAUGGUUAGGUCUGCAAUACGGUAUAUUUGGAAUGGCUGACAUGUUUACGUUGGUAGGGUUGCUAGACUUCUUCUACUCGGAGAGUUCAGCUGGAAUGAAGUCAUUAGGCACCGCCUUCACGUGGUUUUCAUCAGCCAUCGGGUACUUCUUAAGCACGGUGAUCGUGAACGUGGUGGAUGAUGUGAGUGGCGGAUGGUUUAGAAGCAAUAACUUGAACAGGGAUAAACUCAACUACUACUAUUACUUGUUUGCGGGUUUGAGUACUUUGAAUUUCGGGUUUUAUCUGCUGUGUUCAUCUUGGUAUAGGUACAAAGAUGUGGAAGUGAAUGAGAUUGAGGGUGAGAGUAAAGUUGAAUUGGGGAGUGUAUAAGCUGUCUAGGCCGAACUAUUUAUUUGAAAUUCUAUUCUUAAGUAAGUAUUUUCUAAGGUCAUGUAUUUAUUUGGAUUUGAAAGGAAGGUUUUCUUUUGAAGUA